GGGUUAUUCUGUAAAUUUUGGUUAAUGAAAUUUGGGUUAUUUGUAAAAUUUGGUUUAUUUUGUAAAUUUGGGUUAUUCUGUAAAAUUUGGGUUAUUCUGAAAAAUUGGGUUAGUUAAAUUUAGGUUAUUUAUUAAAUUUGGGUUAAUUUAGUAAGGUUAUUUGUACAAUUGGAUUGAUUUGUUUUUAUACGACUACAUAAACAUACACAUGCAUAUCGUGAAAAAUUGGGUUAGUAAAAUUGGGUUAUUUUGGAAUGCGAAUCGCAAUCACUCGCGAUGGUCGCUCCACCUGGAUUUUGAAUUGACAAUUAAGUUUUUAUCGACAGUUUUUAUCGCUAACUUAUUUCGAGCGAAAUUAAUAGAACUUAAUGU